ACUAGUAAUUUCGAUAAGCUCAAAAGUUCUUUAGUUUUAUUCGCUUUGAAUUAAAAAUAAAUUAAGUUUGUUAAUUGUCUGAGUUAAGAGAAAUAAUAGGAUAGUACCCACGACGAGAUCAAGCAUUUCAUGAAGAUUCUUUAACUUUAAAUCAUUUCUCAAAUCACUUCUAGUUAAUUUUAUUAAGACAGUAAACCGGUAUGCACCCAAAAACCAUGCGAAAAGAUAAUACACGGAGAGCUCUUUCCAGCGGAGUACUCCACUUACAUAGAAAGAUACAAGUGAGGGCAAAUAAAGAGCAAACGGUCAGUGAACGAAACAUAUUCUUUCUUAGAACUUCUUAAAACGUAAGAACUGAGAACUAUAAUUGGAUUCCCUUAGUGGUGCAAGGUGUAUAAAAGGAAAUGUUGCAGUCGAAAUUAGAGCAGUUGUGUCUUGUAUUCUCAAGUGAAUUAACUAAGAAAAAAAAGUAGCAAAGAUGGUGGUUAACUUCAAGGUGUUCAAGAAGUCAUCUCCAAAUGGAAAAGUUACGCUGUACAUGGGAAAGCGUGAUUUCGUUGAUCAUCUUUCAGCUGUUGAACCAAUAGAUGGUGUCAUUGUGCUGGAUGAUGAAUAUGUGAGAGAUCAACGAAGGGUCUUUGGCCAGGUUGUCUGCUCGUUCCGAUAUGGUCGUGAGGAGGAUGAAGUUAUGGGCCUCAAUUUCCAGAAGGAAUUGUAUUUGGCAUCCGAGAUGAUCUUCCCUAAAGAAAAGUCCAAUCCAUCGUUGACGAAGUUGCAGGAACGUCUGCUUAAGAAACUAGGACCUAAUGCCUAUCCCUUCACCUUCACUAUUCAACCUAGUGCUCCUGCUUCAAUUACACUUCAACAGGGCGCAGAUGAAGAAGGAGAUCCAUGUGGGGUCCAGUACUUUGUGAAGAUCUUCACGGGAGAAUCAGAAUCCGAUAGAUCCCAUCGUAGAUCAACUGUAACUUUGGGUAUCCGCAAAGUUCAGUACGCUCCAACGAAGCAAGGAGCACAACCAUGCACCGUAGUUCGGAAGGAUUUCAUGCUGAGCCCUGGGGAACUGGAACUGGAAGUGACCCUUGAUAAACAACUCUAUCACCAUGGUGAACGGAUCGGAGUGAAUAUUUGCAUCCGCAACAACUCCAACAAGGUUGUGAAGAAGAUCAAGGCAAUGGUGCAGCAGGGAGUAGAUGUUGUACUCUUCCAGAAUGGUCAGUAUCGAAAUACUGUUGCCACGAUGGAAACCAGCGAAGGAUGUCCUAUUCAACCUGGUUCGAGUCUUCAGAAAGUCAUGUACCUCAUGCCAGUAAUUAGUUCCAACAAAUUCCGCCGUGGAAUUGCUCUCGAGGGACAAUUUAAGCAUGUUGAUGGAAACUUGGCAUCUACAACAUUACUUGCUAAUCCCGAACAGAGGGAUGCUUUUGGCAUUAUUGUAUCCUACGCUGUCAAAGUGAAACUUUUCCUAGGAGCUCUAGGUGGGGAAGUAUCAGCUGAACUUCCCUUCGUCCUUAUGAAUCCCAAACCCAAUACCAAGGGAAGACUCAUGCAGGCUGAUAGCCAGGCUGAUGUUGAAACAUUCCGUCAGGAUACCAUUGAUCGCGAUAUGUCAGUUGACGGAUACUAAGACCUCUGCACUUCAUGAACCAACAAGUAAACAAGUGUUACUGACUUAUAAAAAUAUAUCUAAUGCUGCAGAAUAGGAAUACUGGUUAAAUUUAAAUAAAAUUAUUAUUCAAACAUU